UCACUCUGCUGUCAGACUUCGGACGGAAAACAAGCUUAUUGCUUUGUCAUUGGACCAACGUGUCACAGUCCAAGAGUUGAACAAUACAGCUUUUUAUGGUGCCGCACCCAAACAAGCAGAACAGAAAGCAAAAAUUAUUUAAAACCACUGUAUCUGGACAGCGGCUGCAGGAUGAGUGCUCAUCAGGAACGAUCAGCACUGGAAUCCAAACUAGUGUCCUUGGAGUGUCAUUUCACAUGGGAUCUGGACAUCAGCAGGUCUAAACUGCUCUGCCUCCGGGAAGCUCUGGAGGACAUUGGCCUCGAGGAGGGAUACUGCUGGCUGGGUCACAUUUAUAACCUGCAGGGCUUCAUUCACCAUCAGCUAGGCCUCAUUGAAGAGGCCCGGCGUUUCUUCUGCAGAGCUGCAGAGGCUUUUCGGCAGCUGAGGAACACCGUCUCAGAUGAAGGCCCCUGGUUGGUGGUCAAUUAUGGGAAUAUGGCCUGGCUACACCUCCAAAUAGGGGAGCAAACACAGACCCAAAAAUACUUGACAAAGAUCGAAGCCCUGAUGAUGGAGUACCCGUCUCCCUCUCUAGACGACCCCCAUCCAGAAAUCUGUGCUGAAAAAGCCUGGACUCUGAUGAAGUUCGGCAGAGAUAAGAAGCUUCUGGCUGUAGAUUACUUCCAGAGAGCAAUCAGGAUGCAGCCGGAUGUGGUGGAAUGGCAAACCAGCAGAGUGUUAGCAUUAGUAAAAGCCUUCAUGCACCACAAGGAAAACUUUGACUCUGAUUUAUUGGAGAAAGUAAAAAUUGCCAAAGAACACGACCCGGAAAACUUGUAUCUUUCUGCUCUUUACCUGGAAGCUCGAGCUCAGAAAGGCACAAGAAUUCAGGAUGAAGCCCGAAAAUUGGCCCAAAGAGUGUUAAGAAAGCCGGUCAGCAGCUAUAGUGGCAUGAAACCUUUACUAAGGCUCUAUAGGAUCUACGUCUCCAUGGAUGAAGCUAUUGAUUUAGCAGAAGAGGCUCUGGAAAGACAUCCCAAUGCACGUUACAUGAAGAAAUGUGCAGCAAUCUGCUACAAAAGGAAAGUCUUCUCCCCGAACAACAAUCACCUCGAGCGAAGCCUGAUAGAGAGAGCCAUUGGUCUUCACAAAGAGACCAUUGCUCUUUAUCCUCAUUCUUCCCUAAAAAUGCAAAUAUCUUUGGCCAACAUAUACGCAAAAUCAAACCGGCGAGCCAACGCUGAGGAGUUGUUUGAGGAGCUGCUCAGAACUGAGCUGGAUCCUGAAGAAGAGCAGAUGGUUUCCAGCUUCUAUGCUAAAUAUUUGCAGUACAGUCAGAAGGAGAGAAACAAAUCCAUCACAUAUUACAUGAGAGCAGCCAUGAUUCCUCACCACAGCUUCUAUAGGGAGGACAGCAUCAGAAGGCUGGAGAAGAUCAGUGAGGAAGAACGGCAACCAGUGAGCAGAGAUAUAGAAGAUUUCCUGCUGCAUUUAUCACAAUGAAUGAGAUCAUGUUCAGUUUUUAAUGUGGGUGGACUUUGAUAAGCAUUUGGCUCCUAAUGUGGGCCACCACUAGAAUAUGCAUGCAAGA